AUGGCUCCAAUUAAAUCCAAACAAGUUAAGAAAUUCACUGUUGAUACUUCAGCACCAGUUGAAAAUGGUGUUUUUGACCAAGAAGGAUACGUCAAAUAUUUGAUUGAACACAUCAAAGUCGACAACAUUGUUGGUAAUUUAGGUGAUGACAUUUCAGUUACUGCUGAAAGUGGUAACAAAGUUGUCAUUCUUUCAAACGCUAAAUUCAGUGGUAAAUACUUGAAAUACUUGACAAAGAGAUACUUGAAAAAGAACCAGAUUAGAGAUUGGAUUAGAUUUGUUGCUGUUAAACAGAAUCAGUACAGGUUACAAUUCUACUCUGUUGCUGAAGACGAAGAUGAAGAGGAUGAGGAAUAG